AUGACGCAUUUCAAGAUCGCCAACUCUGACCAGUCGGUCCCUGGUGCCACACCUCUUGAGUUCGUGUUGAAGACUGGUCCCAACACAGACAUCUGGGCCAAGCCCCCGUCCACAAUUCGCUUUAAUGCGCCCAUACUGUACCAGACAGUGCCGUUGGAUUCGUUCAAACGCGUCCGUGUGGACUUUAAUGCCUCUUGGAAACAUCAGUAUGACCAGGGCGGUCUCGUUAUCGUACUCCAUUACGAGGACGGGUCCAAGAAGUGGGUGAAGGCGGGUAUCGAACUCACCCACGGCAAGCCGCAUAUCAGUGUCGUUUCCAAGGACCGCUGGGCCGACUGGAGUUUACUUCCUGUUCCCUCCAAUGGUGUAGCAGCUACUCUGGAGAUGGCACAGGAAGUGGAUGGCAGCCUGUGGAUAUACCUUGUGGAUGGACUGGAGAAGGCGCCUAUUCGGGAAGUGACUUGGUUGUUCCAGGAAGAGAAUGUGAAGGAGUGCUGGGUUGGAGUAUACGCAGCUCGUCCAUCUGAAGAAGGCGGAGAUCUGGAGGUCAAUUUUAGAGAUUGGAAUCUCGAAAAAGCAUAUUGA